AUGGCCAGUCCUGAGCUUUUGCCAGACGACAAGAGGGACUACAUCAUAUACGCCGUCGACCCGGAAGAGACCAUGCGCGCCCAGCAACUCAGCUCCCCCUCUUCUCGAGGACACUCCACUCCCACUCGCUCUUCCUCCAACGCUUCGCGAGAUCGCAAUGACGCGGGCACAAGCAAGCUCGGCUCCAGCCCGCCGCGACCGAAGGACGCUACCACCUCCAUCCUUGUCGGCAAAGGCUUCUUCAAUUGGGCUUUGGACGAGCAAGGCGAGGGAGAGACCACCGUCACUGGUCGCGUCCGCUCCGAUGGCAGACGUCUGCGCUACGACAACGGACGCGAGUACGAGGAAGAUAUCAACGUACUCGAGGUCGUCAUCAAGCUCAAGGAGUCACAGGCCAGAAGCAAGGACAAGUACUUCAACCUAGUCCGCGGCUUUUCCUCUGGCUCCAGUUUCAGCGCUGGCUCAACCAAUGCAUCCAGCUCAGCAUCCAGCAGUCGUCCUGCGCAUCGUCUUCCUCUGCAAAGCGAUGUCAUCCCCGCCACACACCGUUUUCGAUCGUCCCGUCACGUCGAAAACAACGCGCAACUGUCUUUGCGUUCUGAGCCCGACUAUCCCACCUCCUCUUCGUCUUCACACGGUGCUGUGGAGCGUCAGAUUCGAAGACCUGCGGCGCGUCCAUCCCCUCAUUCCAUGCCGGUAUCAGACAAGACCCUCGAUCGCGUCAUUUCUCCACGAUCAGCACACCAGCCUCUCGGCGCUUCGCCGAGCCUGCCGACACUCUCAUCAUUCUCCGCAGCAGCAUCACCACCUACCGUGUCAGCCGCGUCCCCCAAUUCGGCACUUUCCUCCGCAGCCUCCAAUCCGUCCACGGUGCAGCUUCUUACGAUCCUGCACAGCCUGCAGCAAAGAUCAUCCAAGUCGGCGCCUGAGCCCGCUCAGCAAGCACAGCUGGAGACACUGCUUCAGCAGGUUGCACAGGUCUUUGGUAACUCGGCAGCUCCUUCGCCAGCCGCCGAGCCUCCUUCAACAACGGUCGCCCGCCCAUCUGCCUCGCCGGCGCUCGCGCCUCGACCGCUCGACAGCAUUUCUGCUCCAAAUUCGCGCUCGCCUGCGCCGCCAUCUGAAUCCUCCCAUCCCGGCAAGGAGAAUCGCGGCCUGGCAGCCGCAUCCAAAGACUCGCCACAGACAGGAGGCAUCAGCUCUCGACGUCCAUCGGCGGCUUCUCCAUUCGACACGGAAGAUGCCAACAGCCCUUCCUUGUCACGCCGAGACGCGCAGGAUUGUUCAGAUCGCAUCUGCUACAACUGUGGUUCGGACGUACCCACCACUUGGCGCAUCCUCAAGCUUCCUGCUGGAAGCACCAUCAACAACCCAGCAGCCGAAAAGGGUGCUGGCGGUGAUGGCAAUGGCGAUGAUUCUGCUGACCCUGCCUGGAAGCCACGCUAUGCAGCCGACCAUGGCCCUGUCGAGACGGAUGGCGACACAAAGUGGUCGGCCUGCAAUCCAUGUGGACUCUACUACCUGAAGUGGAACAACUCGCGGCCAGAAUACGUCUGGAGGAAGGAGCACGCGACCAAGGCGUAUCGCGAGCGCAAGGCUUUGGCCGAUGCUGCCAAGCGACAACGCCAGGAAGUCGAAGCCGGUCCGAACAAACGCGCCAAGUUCGCCGCCUCGGAUGUGGAUGCUGCUUCGCCUUAUACCGUCUCAACUCCUCGAGAUGCCAACACCAGCAAGGUAUCAUUCGCCGCCGAAGGCACCUCGGAUGAGUCGAUGACCUCUCCCAACUUUGACGCCGCAACACCCGCAUCUAGCUCUGGUCGCAAGUCGAGCAUGCCACGCACCCUCAGCGAGGCGUGUCAUCGGGAUGCGGAGAAGCUCGAAUCUCAGCGCAGUAGCAAAAAGAAGGACAAGGAGAAACCCAUCUGUAAGAAGCAGGCCGAUCGCGAAUACGUGCUCGAUCCUAGCACGGGCAAGUGGCGCAGCAGGAGGAGCAUGCGCGAGAAUCCCAACGGCAAGCGGCCUGGACGUCCCAAGGGCUCUGUCAAGGUACCGCAGAACGCGAGGCCAGCGUCCAAGUCGUCUCCUGUCACCAGCAGCAGGGAGGACAAGGACAGCUCGACACCUGCUCCGCAGCAUCCCAAAGCAUCUUCCUCCAAAAGUCAAGCGACCGGGAACGCCUCGAAGCAGCCCAGCACUAGCGCGAGUGGCAGCGCGUCUCAGGUUUCGGAGCAGGCAGAGCAGACCGCGCCAAGCCGUGGUCAAGAAAACGGCGAAUUCCGCGCCCCAAUGCCACCGAAGCUGGGCCGACAGAUGCCAACCUCCCGAGUGGUCAACUUUGCACAAUCGAGCCCCGUUCGUCCUUCGAUGAGCGCAAGCUCGAUGCAGCCAGAUGCCAUCAACGCUAUGCACCAAUUCGGCGCCGGCAUGCUCGCAAGUCCAUCCCGCGACGUCCGCUUCCGUGUACCGAGCUACCUCAUGAACUCGAGCCCAGGCACCAUGCUCGACACACUUAUGAGCGAAGCCGACUUUGACUUCGAAGAGCUAGGACCGCUAGGACCACUGCAGACUCCUGGUACCUUGCUGUCCAACGUGGCCCGCAAUGGGCACGGCACUCCUCUGCGCAGAAGUCCUCGCAAGAAUCCGCUUGGCACCAUCUCUGGCUCGAACCCUUACGCUUCGCCGUCUUCCAAACGAUCCGCUAGCCCUUUGCUUGGACGCGAGUUCCGGAACGGCCCAUUCAUGGUGGACUCGAACGGCUCACCUGGUGGACGAGGCGCCAGCGGAUCGUCGUCGAACAACGACAGCCCUGUGACGCGCAGUCGCACACGAUCAGGCCAGGACGUGCUGCAUCCAGCCCUCUUUUCGUCGAGCGACGGGCCUUCCAAUGGCAAUGAUAAGUCGAGCAGCAACGUGACUUCGCCCGCAUCGCCCUCCGAGAAGGUCCACACCAACAAGAGCCACAGCACCGCCAACAGCAACUCGACCAAGACGACGUCGUCGCUGCAUGCUACGAGCAAGGCGCAUAUCUCUUCUAAGCAGAAGCAAGUGGAAGCGAGCGCCAGACGUGGGCGAGCUGCAGGAGCCGACGCCGAGGAGGAAGAAGACGGUCCUGAGGCGCAGUUCACCAAAGGACCUUUCCGCAAGACCGGCUCCGCUAGUCGCGAAGGAUCUGCCGGUUUGCCGUCAUGCCCUGCCUCGCCGAGUCUCGGUCGUGCCACUCGCAAGUUUGCGCGCAAUCUCAGCAGCGCAAGCACGCAGUCGAUGAUGCAGAAUGGACCGGCCAAGCUUGCGCAGCUGGACCUGCCCCCUAGCAGUCCGGCCUUUGAUCACCCUACAGGCCGUAGUUCGACCAGCACGAUCGAGGUGGAUGGAUGGGGAAGGACGCCCAGCAUGCGAGAGAUUUUCCCGACGCCAAGUGAUCUCGACUGGCCCAGUGAUGGCUCGCCUGCUGCAGGGGCUUCUCAGUCGCCGUCCAAGAAUGCCGCUGUCGACAGCAACGACGUCACCAAGCAAUCGAACGCGACCCAGGUGGCGGUAGCUCAACCGCAAACGAGCAUCGUCCGCCGCAGACCUCUGCCAGCAACGGUGGAAGACGGCACUUCAUCCGUCUCGGGCUCUUCGCCUGCGCUGUCCGACGACUCACCCGAAGCAUCCAACGGAAACCUCUUUGACCUGCUCGAAGAUCCCUACGGCAUUCUGGCUGCAUCUGGAUUCGGCAUCGACGCAGAUGGAUCGCUGACCACGCUCGAAAUUCCCGACAACGCGCCCCAAGCUGCUCCUGACACCGCCAAGCAGAUGACACCCUCGUCUACCGCUGCAGCACCGCAGCCCGCGAUCACGGCCGACAACUUCAACGAGAUCCAGCUGCACGCAGCCAAGGAGUUCGGUCCGCAUCUCAGCGAGUUCAGCUCCAACGGCGGUGCAGGUGUCGCCGCGCACGUCGCUGGGCAGAGCGGCACAGCAGCAGCUGUUCAGAUCGCUGCCAACCCCACAUCCAGCCACGUCGAAGGGUUGGACGCGAGCUUCCUGGCGACCCUACCGCCGGAGCUGUCCAACAUCUUUGCGUCGCCCAAGAAGCCGAUCCCUCCGCAGAUCAUCGAGAUCCUGGCGAGUCCGAGAAAGCCGCGCACGAGAAGUGCGAAUGCCUCGCCGGUGAAGGGUGCAGGGGCGAGUGGGACGGAUAUGGUGCCGUACGCGCCGGGGACGGAGGGGCAGAUGAACUCGGUGGAGGAGCAGGAUUUCUCCGCCCUGUUCAGCAACCCGGACAUCCAGGCACUGUUGGCCGAGUUUUCGGCGGGUGCGUGA